AUGCUGACGUUCAGGUCAGACAAGACGACUACCAUCUCAGCAGCACGGGCUCUGGAUGAGCGCAAUGACGCCGUGUACGUGUCCCCAUUCGUGCCCACUGGUCUACCUGACCUCGACCAGGCUUUGCUAGAGAGCAGCGUGAGUGCACCAGAUGGUGUAGGUGUUAAGGGCGGCAUGGCUAGGGGUCAGAUUACUGAGCUAUGGGGCCCCCCUGGGGUGGGCAAGACGGCCCUUGGUGUCGUCUGGGUCGACUGCUUCCAUCCCGUCUGUCAAGAUCGGAUCGCGGAGUUAUGCACUGGUGCAGAUGCCGAGAGGACCAGCGUGCCGUCUGAUCCCCUGAGCAAACUGGUUCAUUAUUGCUGCCCAAGCCUGGCUCAUUUCAUUGCCUUGCUCUGCAGGCCAACACGCUCGGCCCUGCCACUGGACACGGCUCUGGUCGUUGUCGAUUCCUUGUCCGCCCUUAUCAAUCAUGCAUUUCCAAGGAUACCCGCUCUGGAAGCGGGGAGCAGAGGUGACAAAGGGGAUUUUUCACCCUCGUCGAGACGAAUCCAUCUCCUCCAGUACAUUGUAGACGCCUUGCAGAAGCUAGCCGCGACUCAUAAUGCCGCAGUAGUCGUCCUUACACAAUGCGCUACGCGAAUGCAGGCGGAAAGAGCCGCGACUCUGAUCCCGGCCGUUGUUUCUACCAUCUGGGAAGGAGAGAUCGAGACGAGGGUUGCGCUCUUUCGGGACUGGUCGUGGCAUGACGGCCGAGUAUCUGGCGUACGACUCGCUACAGUACAAAAGGUCAAUAAUAAGGUAACACCGGAUGCGCUAGAGAAGGUAUACGCCUUCGAAAUCGAGUCGACAGGUCUGAUACCCGUGGACUACAACGAGACUCAAGCGGAGGGUGCGGUUGCCUAUACUACAGCUCAAAAGCGCAAGCUCGCGGAAGCGGGUUUCGAGCUUCCAGAAAGCGAAGAGGACGAAUACGGUUGGCGGGAGGAGGACGAUAGUGCAUUGCCCGGACCGCCGCCCCAGUGGCAGGGCAGCGAGGAUAUCUUGCUGGGGAAGCAUCCCGAGAGAGAGGACGAUGAAAGCGACGUCGACAGUGAUGAUCCGGAUCCGGAGCAGGAGGCUGAGCAGCUUGUUGAGGAGGAUUGA